UUCAAGUUAAAUUCGUAAUUGCGGUUUUUUAAUAAAUUUAUUUCAAAGAUACGUUGAUUAUCUAUUAAUCGAUUAAACAAAUUGAUCUGAUCAUUUUUAGAAAUCUUGACAGUUUAAAUUAUUAUGUUUUGUAACAUAUACUCCACCAGUUUAUUAUUUCCUUCUGGAUUUUAUAUAAACAGUAUACGUUCACCAUGUGUUCGAAAUGUGUCACUAGCAAGUGUUAUACUUCAGAAGAUAAAAUCCAAAACAGGAAAUACAAUAUCGUCAAACAAUGAUACUAGAGAAAUCAAUAUAGACGUAUUACAUACUGAAAGUGAUAAAACAGAAAGUGUAUCAAACCAGAAGACAUCAAAACAUUGUGAAGACAUUAAUAAAGCGAACAAGCAAGAUCCUAAGGAAAGGAACAAGAUACCAGAUAGAGUUAUUGCAGACAAUAGGCUGUUUGAGAAAUUAAUAAACGAAACGGAAGAAAAAUAUGUACAAUCGAUGCCCGAGCAAACAAAAAGUAAAGACCAAUCUACAGAACAUUCACAAAUAUUGAAUGUAUCAAAGGCAAGUGAAAUAAAAUAUUUUCAUACACCCAAGACAAAGGAUGUGAAAAAUGACAAAGUUACAGAUAACGAAACCGAUACAAGUAAUAAACUUGGUGACACAGAAUUACAAAAUACAUUAGUAGAAAGUCUGUGCCAAAGUACAAACAAUAGUCAAUGUGUAAUUUCAAACAAUACACUGGAUAAUAUAAUUUCAUUUCCUAUCAUGCCUUCAGAUACGUAUAAGAAUCUUCGUAUAAGAUAUAAAGAAAAAUAUGAUAUACAUGAACUGUUCGUAUCCAAUAUUCUUAAUCAAACCCUUCCCUUUGGAAGAAAAAUGCUUACAAAAAUGAGAAAAGAAGAAACGAUAAGGAGGCAUCACUACGAGACAGAUGCUCUCGAAAAUGAGGAAAUAAAGAACGAUAAGGAGGAGGCAUCAAAUAAUCGUAAACUACUUAACUUCUGUAUAGCACAGUAUUUAUUGCAAAAACAAAUUGACACGGCAAUGCCUCAUACAGUCAAAUUAGCGAAUAUGAGCCUGAAACCUUUUUUGAAUAAGCUAAAAUCUAUUCAAGAAACUAAUUUUAUUGUAAGGCAUCCGAAUUUCCAGUACCAUGCGAACAUUCACUGCAUUGCUUGGUAUAGAGGUAGAUUGAGCAUAUUCCAAUGGAUAACAGCGUAUAAUAGGAAGACAAAGUUAUAUAUGCUGCACGAUGCACCCGUGAAACUAGCUGCUUCAAUUGGUGCUGUGAACGCUUCCAAUUUAAAUCCAUACGUGAUCGAUAGGGGAUACGUUGUGGUCGGUUACUUAGACGGUUAUCCUGCAACCGUUCAUCAUUUGUACGGCGAUGUGUUGCAAAGGUUUUGGGUGGAAUGGUUGGAAAGAUUAUGUGUAUUUAACGCCAAUUUGGGUAUAAAGGAUGUUCCAUUUUCUAUAGAGUAACAAUUAUUUAAAAAGAAACACAAUGAAGUACAUGCGUAUUUAAUAUGUCAUC